UCGACAGGGCAGGUACUCGUCCUGGACAUCGUUCCUGUUCCACCUGACCUUUCUCAACACCACAACCUCAACUCACCAAAUUCUUAUCUCACUUGUCUGAUCUUACCCUUCUUUACCUUUCCUUUCCUCUUGGUUUCUUCUGUUCAAUCUACUCCUGCUCCUCGAUCUCUUCCUGCGACAAAAGUCACCGCGAUCCCCCGAUUUCUUACCGAGACCAGCCUCGAACAUAUCCUUCUCCGUCGCAAAUCCGAAUAAUAUCCUGCUUAAAAAUGCCCUCGGGCCACGCUCUCUGAGCUUGCAAUCGUCCGUCGAUGCUUCGUUUUCCCGCUCCUCCGUGGCGCGCAUAGACUCUCCGACUCCUCCGCCCCCUGCAUUAUCUUACAUCAUAUCCGUGGCCAUGAUGUGGCCUCGGUUCAAACAAUGGCUAUCGAACUGGCCUUCUCGAUUAGUCUUCCGCUACCUCAGCACCCUAUUUCUCAUAUGUUUCGCUAUCACCAAUUAUAUAUUAUGGACCAGCAGCCAGGGCUGGGAUGUGACAGAGCCUAAGGGCCCAGUCACUAUGGGCCCAAAACAUCCAAUUAAGAAGCUCAUGGCAGAUGCCCGCGCUCGCCAUGAGAGCCUCCUUUCAAAACGAAGCCAUGAUCUUUACGAUGCUGCCGAGCGUUAUCGCGCCCGCCGAGGACGUCACCCACCACCAGGCUUCGAUAAGUGGAUGGAGGCUGCACUCGCUUCCAAUAGCAUUGUGGUAGAAGAUUAUUUCGAUCGCAUAUACAAGGAUUUGGCUCCAUAUUGGGCGCUUGACGCUCACACACUAGCCAGGCGCGCAUCCGCCUGGCAUUGGGUCGUGAAAGUUCGCAAUGGCGUGGCUACUGGUGUGGGCGAUGCAACCGAUCGUGUGCCAUGGCUUGAACUAUGGACCAACCUCGUCGAAGAGUUUGCAAAGGAUUUGCCUGACGUCGACAUGCCAAUCAACUACAUGGAUGAACCUCGACUUCUUGUUCCUUUCGACGAAUUAUCCAAAUUUGUCGAUCAAGAACGCGAUAAUCGGCGCAUCGCUCCUAUGAAGGAGGUCGUCACAAAGUUUAAGACUUUGUCCAAGCUCGACGACGAAAAACCUCAGCCUUACGAUCCCUACUGGUACAAUAGCUCAGCUAACUAUUGGGAACUCGCGCGUGUGACGUGUGACCCCAACGCUCCGUCACGCAAUGUUCAACAAGUCUCAGACUUUAAGGCUCCUGUUGAAUAUCCCUCAAAUUGGGACCCCGAGUACGCUUAUAAAGGUUAUAUCAAAAACUGGACUGCUGCCCAGGAUCCUUGUUUACAACCACAUCUGCGCCAAAUGCACGGGAGCUUUGUUGCGCCUCUCAGUUUGUCUACUUCUACCGAAUUGAUCCCAUUGUUUGGCGGAUCUAAGCUUCCUAUGAACAACGAGAUCCUUAUCCCUGGCGCCAUGUACCUUACUGCCGACGAAUUCUAUUCUGGAGGGGAGAAGAUGGGUCCAGCAUGGCACGCCAAGAAGACCGGCAUUGUUUGGAGAGGUGAUGCUUCUGGCGGCGAGCCGAGAGCUGAUGUCUGGCAUCGCUUCCAUCGUCACCGUCUUAUCCAGAUGCUUAAUGGCUCAUAUGUUGACAGUGUUGAGCAUCAAGGUGUGAAGCCCAAGACAUUUCAACUGCCAAAUCCCGACCAUUACAACAGCACCCAUCGUACCUCCAAUACUAUUGGUCAAUGGUUGAUGCAGAUCUCUGAUUGCGGGUUCAAACGUCUUCUAUGUGAAAAAGUUGGCUGUGAUCCUGUCGCUCCUUAUUAUCGCGAAUUGAAGCAUAUGACCAUGAAGGAGCAGUACCGCUAUAAAUUUUUGCCUGAUACCGACGGCAAUUCAUUCAGCGCCCGUUUUCGUGGCUUCUUACGUUCCUCGAGCAUGCCUCUCAAGGCUACUAUCUACGCUGAAUGGCAUGACGACCGUCUUACUCCAUGGGUUCACUUUGUACCCUUCGAUAACACUUUUCAGGACCUUUACCCCAUCCUCGAAUUCUUUACAGAUGAAGAAGCUGGUGGGGAUACCGCCGCGCGAUUUAUUGCUGAGAGAGGAAGAGACUGGGCCAGCCAAGUCUUGCGUCGCGAAGAUAUGCGCCUGUACACUUGGCGCCUCUUACUUGAGUGGGCUCGAGUCUGCGAUGAAGACCGCGAGAAGCUUGGAUUCAUAAGAGACUUGAUAGAGCCCAGAAAGGAUUCAAUACGGUAAACUGAGUUGAGGUUCGAAAGCACAUGUUUACAGCGCAUUGAUCCACCACCAAACUGGAUGGUUUAGGUGCUCACGUAUAUAUUAGUAUUCACGGCCUGGCGUUCCGGAGUUGGAUUGUUUCUCUAUGAGGUGCUGGAUAUCUGAGAUAAUGUGGAUGGCAUACAAUGCGUUCAAGACGCUUCACCGUCUAAGAAACGUUCUAUACCUUGGGAGGCAAAAUCAUGUAGCUGAGGCAUACCCCAAAACAAAUGACGUUGGAUGAUUGAAAGAUAAGGACGAGAUGGAAUAGAAGGGGUCCUCUAAUUCUUAAUUCUCGACUGUAGGAAGCUGGGCUAAUCCACCCUAGAUAAUAAAUAUGAUACCAAACC